AUGGUGAAAACGCUGUCGUUCGCCGACCGCCAAAUUCCUUCCCCGGGAUUUGGCGCGAUGGGCCUCAGUUUCGGGUUGGGAUCCAAUUUGAGCCUGCAAGAUGCCGAACCGGUACUGCUGAAGGCACUCGAGCUAGGGUGCACUUUUUGGGACACUGCGGUUGUCUACCGAGCUGGUGUGAACGAGAAACUUCUUGGUGACUUCAUUAGAAAGCACAACGCUCGGGACAAAAUUUUUCUGGCGUCAAAGUGCGGUUUCAACUGUCUGAAUAGUGGGGAUAUGACGGUCACGAAUUCAGCUUCUCACAUCAAAGAAUAUAUCGAGGGCUCGAUUGAAAGACUCGGUUUCGCGCCCGAUCUCUACUAUCUACACAGAAUUGACCCGAAAACGCCUCUUGAAGAAUCCAUUGGCGCACUGGACGAGAUCCGCAAGGCUGGCAAAACCAAGUACAUCGGUCUUUCAGAAUGCUCAGCCAACACGCUGCGUAAGGCGAACUCGAUCGCAAAAAUCGACGCUGUUCAAGCAGAGUAUUCAGCCUUUGAGACUUUGCACGAAUCAGACGGCCUGAUCGCUACAGCUAGAGAACUGGGUGUAGCGUACGUGGCUUACAGCCCUCUUGGUCACGGAUGGCUUGUCGACGACUUUCCCUUUAAGACGCCGGACGACUUUGCGCCAGAUGAUUUUCGUCGUACAGCCCCAAAAUUUCAGGGCGACAAUUUUUACAAAAAUAAAGCCAUUGUGGAAGCGCUCAAGAAGCUGGCUGCUCGCAGAGGCUGCACUCUUGCUCAAAUAGCCCUCGCAUGGGUUGCCGCUCAGGGAAUGAUUGCGAUUCCUGGCACGACCAAGCCGGGACGACUGGAGGAGAACUGGGCCUCCAGAGAUAUCGACCUGACGGAAGAGGAACAACAAGAAAUGCGAAGAAUUAUUGAUGCGGCAAAGCCACACGGAAAUAGAUACAGCAAAAGGGCGCAAUCUUUAGUGGGUCAUUGA